AUGGCCAACGUUAGGUUUUGCAUGGGUCUCCGCGAGUCGGAAAGGGGAACCGAGAGCACACACUGCCUGUGCCAAAUAGCAUCAUCGACUGGAGGGACACGUCCACUGUGCGAGUUCAGGCAGACACAUGGUGGCCGUGGCGAUCCAAUCUGGGGGCAGAGAACCAACAUCUCGGCUUCCCGUUCCUGCGUAGGUUAUUCUCCGGGCGCCUCGAUCGCUCAUGGGAAGCUGACAUUGGCAGAUGGCGGAUCCGACCAAGCGCUGUGGCGGUGGGUGGGGUCUGAUGCUGCUGGACACGAGCGAGCACGCCAGCCGAACUCGUCUUUAGCGAGCCAAUCUAGUUUGCCAGACUUUCCCUUAGCGUCGGACCAGAAGCUAUCCAGAUUCAUGUUGAUUUUGACCCCCGACCUAUCCAACGGCCUGUUCCGAGGGGUUCUAGUUCACACCUCCUCACCUGAAGAUAUUGGCAUUGGACUAUCCGCUCUCUCUGAAAACUUGCAAGUUUUGGCAUCUGCAGAUGCUGCAGUGACAUUCCCAGGGGCUAUUGCAUUUGCUAUUCACUUGACAACCGGGUUUUGCGACAAACAAUUCUCCCCUUCUAUAGUUAGACCUUCUGUUGUCAAUGACUUAGCAUGUCUCCUUCCUGCUACUCACUUCUUGGUCUUUCCUGCAGGAAAUGCCAGCCAUGUUUGCAAUUCGAUUAGACUGAGCUUGGAGGGUACUUUUGGCUCUGGGAAACUGAUAAGACCGCGGUCGGAACCUGGCUUGCUAAGAGUUCUAUCAGAGACAUUUAGAUCCAGAGAAUUGUUCUUCCUGGCCGAUGCUGUGUAG